AUGACCGCCACCAUUUUCAGCCCAGGCUUGAUCCCGCAGGCCCCUGAUGACCCUCACUACGGACUAAGAGCGGCACAUAGGUCGGAUACUUUUGACCGAAAGGUCGACUUCAUCAUUGGAUUAUAUCGGGACAAUGAAGGACAUCCAUGGAUCUUACCGGUGGUCAAGAAGGUGAGAAGUCCUUCACAAACCCCUUUUGGUAUCAUGGCGAUUUGA